UCGUCAGUCUCCACUCUUCCCUUUGUUGAUGGAGAUAGCGAGGGUAUCAGCAGGAUGCCCAAGAAUCCAAAUAGGAAGAAGAAAGAAGAAGAUCGAAUACCAACAUCGUUCUGGGCGCGAAAAUGCCGAUGGGCUCUUGGAUUGGUGGCGUCACUUUUGGUCUGUUUCCUCUUGAUCUUCACCUGUUCCUCUUCUUCCUAUCUGGGCCAAUUCCUGCAAGAAUCUUCCUUCCAAUUCCAUCGCAAUGCGACACGGAAAGCUGCUGGUGUGGGAAUAUCCUUGGAGGUAUCUCUGCCUGCUACCGGUAUAAGCGGAGAAGGAGAAGAAUUGCAGUCGACAAAUCCAACCAACAAUGAAAUUUCAACUAUGCAUACUAAUACUCCAUCUGUUAGUUUGAGUACCGACAAUUCCCUAAAACAGUCAGCAUCAGAUUUUCCCACCAAAGAAGAAGAACAAGCUUGCAAAGAUAUGUCCCGGAGUAUACCUGCCUUUACCAAGGCCAUGCAUGACAAUCCCGAAGAAUGGGCCAUGAAAACAUGGACGCAGCAACAAUGGACCUUUCCCAAACUAGACCACACGCUCCUCAUGAGAGCCUUUGGGGGGCGCAAUAUUGUCUUUCUAGGAGACUCUACCGAGUAUAACGCCUUUGAAUGGAUGAAACGACUCAUGAAUAAUCAGACGCCAGCGCUUCUAGACAACAUGUCACACAUGAAAUUGAAGGAUGCCAUUCGUCAGGCACCACCGCCACAAUCAUCAUUAUCAUCCGACGAGGAUAUUGUCUAUGAAAACUACAAUCAUGCGCAAGUCAUGUGGACGGGAUUUCGUGGCACCAACAUGCUGGACAAUUGUGCCUUUGACAAGCUCGUCUGGCCCAAACUGCGACAACGCCAACCGCAAAUCAUACUGGCCAACUGGGGCACGCACAUGUUGUUUCGGCGCAAUGUCCGUGCUUGCAACAUGUACAUGUGGUUUCACUACGAAGAAUGGCUCGAUACCGUGUUGGAGAUUGCCCAACAAAUGGGCACCACUCGACUGUUGCUGUUCAAGACGACCAAUCUGCUUUGCCGUGACAAGGACCGGGAUCCGCAAGACGUCUACGACGAAUGCCGGCAAAGGGUCCAGCAGACGCGAGGUUGGUUCCUGGAAAAUGAUCCCCGGCACUCGCCAUUGUUGACCGAUGAACAAUUGGAUCAAUAUUGCCACCAAGCGACCAUGGUGGGGUCCAGUUCCGUGCUCUUGAAUGAGCGUUUGUACCGAUGGUUUGACACUGCCCAACAAAGACUCGGCAAGGAAGAACGAGCAUCCAAUAAAAAGUUGACCAUUGCCAUCUAUAAUGAUCACGAUAUGCAAUCCUGUCAAGCGGAGACGGAUGGGGUCCACUUUUUGACACUGCAAUGGCCACGCCUACGUUUGUUGGCGCACAUGGUCAAUUGCCUGUGGAACGAUUCUUGAAUGGAUGGAGUUCAAUUAGCCAUUCUAUUGAAGACCAGCUACAUGCAGUUGGAGGGGCUACAAGAGCGAUUCGAUUCUGAUGAGAAGCAGAAGAGGAGCAGAUGAGUUUGUUCCAACAAGGCGGCCCAACCUUUCAAACUGCAAGCAACAGAUUGAGCCAACAAGAUAUGUCCAGUGCAACACUAACUGCAACACCGAUAAGAUACGGCAGCGUAGCUCUUUAUCGACACGAAACGGGACAGGACAGCAUGUGCACACGUGCACGUCGGGCAGCGGCCAAAGCGGACCAAACUCUGGCUAGCUAGCUACUAGUAGCGCUACCGGUACCGGUAUGGCCAAGUCUGGUUUGUGUCAUCUGUACCGGUACCUUAGCAUGCUGAUGAGGGUGCAGAAUUGGCCCAAAUUCCGAUUUCUCAGAAUUUCAAUUGUUCCUCCAGAGUUUCUCAGAGGCAAGGCUGCAUCGCAGCUCGAGAAGAGCCGAGUCGAGUCUCCUCACCGGACUCAAGUUCUAAUCAGCCAUCAAGUGUGCGAAGAAAUAGAAAUUUGGCGUUGCCCCCUGUUCUAAACAAGACUAGCUAGGUUCAACAUUCAACAUAGUAUGAAUUCCAGCAACUUAAGAGAUGCUGUAACAAGCAGACUCGCGAGGAAACGAUGACGCUGCCAGUACUCGUAGUCUAUGACCUAGCCAGCCAGGCAAAACUUAGAACCUCCAAGACAGCUAAGGAGGGCCUCGCCUCAAUUGCUUCGUGGCAACGCACCAAGCAAGAAGAAAACGUCGUCGUCCUCUCGGAAUGUUAGGUUUUUUAAGAACUGAUUGGAGUCCACUAUGACUGAAUUUCUUGAUGCAGUGUCUUUCCAGCUGCGAAGAAGCAUGUAUGUUCCCUCUCUAGCUGGUAGUCAUUGCAGCAACACGAAACGUAACGUGGUCCCUGGAAACCUCAUCGAAACAGUGCGCGACACAAUGACAGCAAGCAAUUCCGUGCGUGGUGGGAUUGCCAACCGUGAUCCAUGGUGCAUGCAUAGGGUUGCGGUCUUGUUGCAUGCUGACGACCGAGGACGGCAAAAUGACCGUUCUACCGCCAGCGAGUGCCGCAUGCUUCUUCACGAAGUCUACAAGUUACCGCUGGUUGGAGGUAAUACAAUCCUGGGAGAUGGAGACUUUCGUUGCUGUAGAUGAGUCUGCAUUAAUCAUUCCUUUUGGUUUAGAUGAUUUCCAGGUAACUAGUACCAGUAUUGGUAUCAAUGCCGGUAUCAUUGGUCAUUGGUGGACGGGCUCUGAUUGUCUUGAAACCCAAAAUACUCUUAUAAGACUAGAGCUAGCUAUUAAUAGUACCCCAAGCUGGCCCAAGCCUCUGAUCAAAACUUUGUCAGCCUUUUUUCUAUGAUGCUCAGUGAGUACCGGUACCGGUAAGGAUCCGCUUGCAUAGGCCAACAACUGGCUAAUUUAGAAGCUGCAGCAAGGCACAAUCAGCCACAGCAUAAUCUUCUUAUUUCAAUCCAAUGCAUCAUCAACAUCUUGGACAGGCUCUUUAGAAGGCAACCAUAGACGGACAAUCUACUACUUCAAAAUAGUAGUCUAGUCCAUCUAAAAACAAAGUGUAGAAUG